UACAAAUUAAUGAUUAAUAAGAUGUGUAUAUGCUGAAUUACACUAGUAUGUGCUUUAAGACGGGAAUGCCCUUUUAUAACACGAGUUUUUCAAUCAAUAUAUUUAAUUUUUUAAAAUAAAUAUUGUAUAGAUACACAAUGGAAUACUAUUCAGCCUCAAAAUGUGGUAAGUUUCAUCAUUUGAAUCGAUAUAGAUAAAUUUAGAAGACAGCAUACUAGAUGGAAUAAUCCUGACACAGAAAGACAAAUGCUAUAUGAUCUCAUAUAUCUAUAGAAAAAAGUUUAACUCGGGGCGCAAAGCGAGCCGGUGGAUCCAUAAAGAACCCAGCCAACCCGCAGAGAGAAGGGAGGGGCUGAGCUGUGAGGAGAGCGGGGCCCAACAACCAUGUUUACAUGGGAGUCCUUUCACCCAGAAAGUUACGAAUUGGACAAAAGCUUCCGGCUAACCAGAUUCACUGAACUGAAGGGCACAGGCUACAAAGUGCCCCAAGACGUCCUGCAACAAUUGCUGGAAUCUUUACAGGAGAACCACUUCCAAGAAGAUGAGCAGUUUCUGGGAGCCUUCAUGCCAAGGCUUGGCAUUGGAAUGGAUACUUAUGUCAUUCCUUUGAGACACAGUGGGCUUUCCUUGGUUCAAAUCACAGAUUACAUUUACCCAAUCGUAGACGACUCUUACAUGACAGGCAGGAUAGCAUGUGCCAAUGUCCUCAGUGACCUCUACGCAAUGGGGGUCACAGAAUGUGACAAUAUGCUGAUGCUCCUUGGAGUCAGUAAUAAAAUGACCAACAGGGAAAUGGAUAAAGUGAUGCCUCUGAUUAUCCAAGGUUUUAAAGAUGCAGCUGAGGAGGCAGGAACGUCUGUAACGGGCGGCCAAACAGUACUAAACCCCUGGAUUGUCCUGGGAAGAGUCACUACCACUGUCUGCCAACCCAGUGAAUUUAUCAUGCCAGACAAUGCAGUGCGAGGGGAUGUGCUGGUGUUGACAAAACCCCUGGGGACACAGAUGGCAGUGGCUGUGAACCAGUGGCUGAAUAUUCCUAAGACAUGGAAUAAUAUUAAACUAGUGGUCACCCAAGAAGAUGUAGAGCUGGCCUACAAGGAGGCAAUGAUGAACAUGGCGAGGCUCAACAGGACAGGCGGCCUUCUGAUCUGUUUACCACUUGAUCAAGCAGCUCGGUUCUGUGCAGAGAUAAAGUCCCCCAAAUAUGGUGAAGACCACCAAGCAUGGAUUAUUGGGAUUGUAGAGAAAGGCAACCACACAGCCAGAAUCAUAGACAAACCCCUGAUCAUCGAGAUUGCACCACAAGUGGCCACUCAAAAUGUGAAUCCCACAGCCGGGGCCACCUCUUAA